GGAAUUCUGGACGACAUGAGUUGGUGAAGGCUCACUCUUCACUCUUCGGUCUUCGGCUUCAUUUCUCCUAAGUUCUAAUCUAGAAUGUUCCAUCUACGUAGCAAAGCCUGGGAUCAGCGUCACUGUGUCUCUAUCCAUGGCUGCUUCGUCUCUCCGCAACUUUCGUUCUUUCUCAUUACCAUCACAAAAGCUUCCCACCAAGAAAACGAGCACUCAACUCUUCUUUUCUUCUUCCUCUGUCCCAUCUGGUUCUUCUCUUUCUGUUUCUUCGUCUUCUUUCAGAUUGUUUCCGAGUGGUAUAUACAGACAUGGGUUAGUUCCAGUAGUAGCGAAUGAUCUUUCUUCUUCUUAUUCAUCUAAUUUAUUGUCUGUAGUAUGCCCUUCUCGUCUUUACUCGAAUACCCUCUUCUGUAAAUCUGACAACAAAGAACCGAAAUGUAACUUAAGAAAACCCUACAACCUUAAGGUCCUUGUGGGCGCUGAUGAACCUGAAGAGGCCUUGCUUAGGAGGUUCAGGAAGGAAGUAAUAAAGGCUGGAAUUAUUCAGGAAUCCAAGAGGAGAAGAUUUUUUGAGAACAAGCAGGAUAAGAAGAAAAGGAAGACCAGAGAAGCCGCUAGGCGGAAUCGAAGAAGGUACUUUUUUGGGUUCCUUGUUAUUUUCCUUCUGGAUUGUUUUCCUUUACGAGUUUGGUAUUCUUCCGUUCCAUUUAUAUGUUUAAGUGCUAUCUCCCUUCUACUAUGUUUACCCAGAAGGGAAUUUGCUUCCAACGCCCAUCAUCGAGAACUCCACCUCCUGAGAAGAAAGAAUCAUCGAAGAAAAAGAAGGAUGAGGAUGAAGAUGUAGAUAACUGGGCACUUCCCGAAGGAGACCUUCCAUAUUGACUACCAUUUUUCACCAUUCUUUCUUUGUGUGGUAAUUGCAUCCUCUGAGACCUCUUUCUGUUGUAAGUUUCUCUGUAAAAUCCUCUUUCUUUGGCUGUAAAGAGCAAGGAGUUUUGUUCCUCCUUUUGAUUAACCAUUUAUUGUUCAGAAAUAGAAUAGUGUUGGCUGUAUUGAUUCUGAGAUCUAUGAGUAGCGUGUUCACCUGUAUCACUUCUACGAGAAUUAUUUUAUAUGAUUUGCAUGAUUUGAAGAGCUAGAACCAAAUGCAGGACCACACUGUUUUAUUUCCUAAUUGCAAUAAUUCAACUGAGUUGAAGGAUACUACUUCUGCUUCUGUUAUGACUAAUAGGAAGUGCAAUUAAACCAUAGAAAGUAGUUCUUGGAGUUCUAAUUUUCUAUUUAAAUACAUACAGAAAUAAAAAUCCUGAUAUCAAUACUACCAUAAAGAUCAAAUGAAAGAAUUUCUGUUGCUUCCUGGUUUCAAAGUAACAAUAGAUUUAAUGAAUAUCAAAUUGAUCACCUGAAGAAUGAAUGAAUCACACAGGAGCACAGUAAGUGAAAAUAGGGGUGGGGUGGGGUAGAACAGAAUAAUACUCUGGGUAUGGCUAUCACAUCUCUGCUUCCCAUUUGUCACCAAAGCUACUUUUUUUAUUAUGCCUUUUUUAAUCACUUGAUGCUUUUUGGGGCCACAGAACAAUAGUAUAAAUUGAAAACUGAAGGUCUCAUUCCACGAGGCAUGAGGUCAUUACUACAGGGAGAAAAUUACUAUGAAACACGAAAUUUUCAAGAGUAAUGCCACUUUACAAUCAGGUUGGGUAUUAAGUGAAAUUUAAUGUCCCUAUCUCCUCUUCUUAAUUUUGCUCUUUAUAUUCUUAUAAUAUGUUUUAUGAUAUAUAUUUUAGUUAAGAUAGGAUAAGUUAAAGACGUUUAAUUAUGAUAGGAUCAGGAAUAUCCAAUUUUGUUACAUGUUACUUUCUGCAAGCUACUGAGCUGUCUGCCUUUUUGGGUGGAAAAAUAGAGCUUACACAAGGUUUUCCAUCCAAGUGAUCACAUGGAUGUCCAUUCCUAUUAAAGGGGGGAUUCUCCGUGUUUUCUUUUGUUUUAGUUCAUGAUCAAUUGUUGUUGCCACUGCAUUUGGUAUACUUAUGUUUCAUAGCACAUUUUUCAAGCAAAUGGUGGGUUGCUUAAUAAAAUCAUUGGAAGAAGAAAUCUAGAAAAUUCAGCAAGAUAUGAUGAACUGUUUGUUUUCUGUGGAGGGAAAUAGUGUGAAUACCCUUUGACGAAGGAUAGAUCAUGUCCAGCUGAAUUGUGCACCCUAAUAACUUAUGAUAUGCACUUGAUAAACCAAAACUAUAUGGGUAUGCUUUAGUAUCCAGGAUCUGAAGGAUGGAAUAAGCAUCUCUAUAUUGCUGGGCAAGUAAAUAUUGGUUAGAUUUUCCUAGCCAUACAAUAUAAUGCUAAUAGCAAUACUUCAGAUAAGGAGAAGAUCGAGCUUUUUUCCAUUAAGCUUUGGCGAGGUUAGAUUCCCUGAGUUUGGUAAAGUACUUCGCUCCAGGUUCCGAAACUGUGAACAUGCAGGUCUGGCUGGUGCACUUAAACAAAUCUUACUUUGUAGAGUCCUAAAGGAAACUGGAGCAUUUAUCAGAUUUCUGGCCUUGCUGAAUCUUCUAAAUCCUUUUUUGGGGGUGUGACUGGAUUGAGGAAUGGAAAACAAGGUAGUCUGCAGCUUCUUAAACAAAGCACUUUAAUAUAGGCUUUGAGCAUUGCAGUAGUUGUGAAGGUUCCACCAAAUUAUACCUUGUUUAGACAAGAUUUUAGUUCAGUAAAUUUUUUUUUUAGAUCAAUUGCCCAGCUGCCGGCCACGGAGCACACUUAUUGGAGCUAGAAGCUCAUCCUGUAGUUCAGUAAAUUAGUCCCUUUUUCAAAUUAUCUUUGGCUCACAAUUCUAUGUGGAUGGAUCCUUGAGUUCCUGGUCUUCAUAAUUUUUUAAUUCCAUCCAUAUAUGGUCUUAAUGAGGAGCACAAUACGGUUAGUGAAUUGAUGCCUAAUGAUCGUUGGAAUGUUGGUUUGUUGUUUCACAUUUUCCCUCCUCAUAUUACUAGGAAUAUUGCUCAAGUCCCAAUUACUAGACCUUCCACAUUAAAUGAUGGUUGGUUCUGUCCUUUAACCAAGACUGGUAAUUGACCACACAUAUUUCUAUUAAGUUUCUUUUAGAAGGUUAUAUGCAUUAUCAAAGUAAUUUUGCAAAUAAAGGUUUGUGGAGAGUGUUGUGGAAGCUUAAACUCUGUCCUCAUUUUAAAUUGUCCAUGUGGAAAGUUUUAGUUGGGGGAUUUUAACUAAUAGUUAAUAUUAUGGAGGUGGAUCCUUUAUGUUCUCUUUGUAAGGUGGAGGAGGAGUCCAUUUGGCAUCUCUUCAUAUCUUGUACUUUUGCAAAAAACAUUUGGAUGGCAGGGCCAUUGGAAUUCACACCGAGUACGUCUCUGCCUCUUCUCUUUUUGAUUUAUUUGCCUCUUUUGUUUCUUCUCCAGCCCUUUCCCAUGUUGAAAUAGGUUAUAUUCUAUCAAUCUCAGCUAUGACUAUGUACUUCAUAUGGAUGGCUUGGAAUAGGAAUGUUUUUUCAAAAUCAUAAUUUCUCUCCCACUGCUAUCAUACGCAUUAUUCUUAGGUGUGUUUCUGAUCCUGGUAUCCUUGUUCCACCUUCCCAAUGUUGUUCUCCACUGACUCGAAAUAAUUUGUCUUUGUCGGGGUAUCAAGCACUACAGUCUUGGAUAACCCAAUUAUUAUUUGUGAUGGUUGCUUUGAUCUGACUACAUGCGCUGCUGGUUGGGCUGCUGUUUGUUUGUUUAGAUCCCGAAUUUCAUUUUGUCUCUAUGAGUAAUGCUUUUACAAGGAACUUGUUGGAGUGUUGGAAUUGCCAGGAGUAUCCUACAGGGUUUAUGAUAGGCAAUGGCAGAAGGAAUUCAAAGACUUGAAGUUUGGACUGAUAGUUUGUAACUGGCUGAGUGGAUAUCGCGAGGGAAGCAUGGUGGGUGGCCAUGGGAUUAUUUCAAAUUCAGUUGGAUAGUUAUGAAUUGCCCUCUUAAUUAGUUGUAACUCUUAAAUUAAAGGAUUCUAAUUUUUAAUUUAGUUUUAGUUGCUAGGAGAGUAGCAUAUAAAGCUAGGGGUGGAUGUUAACCUCUCUCUAAAUUGUAGAUGUUAGUUAUAAUAGGGUUUACUUGAACAUAGGAUAAUUUCGGAGGUUGGAUUUCUCUCUCUCUCUCUCUCUCUCCAUAAAUUGUAGAUGUUAGUUAUAAUAGGGUAACUUGAACAUAGGAUAACUUCAGAGGUUGGAUUUCAGUAGACAACUAGUAUAGUGAUUGAAUCCAAUAAAAUGAAGAUGACAUGUUCAUUUUAGGGGAGAGAGCAGAAUGAAAGAUCACCUACCCAUGAGAUCAGAAGGGGUUUGUCCCCCAUGAAUUGGACUCUCUUCCAUCUUUGCUUCGCAUUUUUCUUUAUUUUUACUUUUGUCUAGCUGCAAGCAAACUCUAAUGAAAUUAAAACAAAAAUAAAAUGAAAAAUUUUCAAAUCAUUUUGUGUAUCAAAAUACUUAGAUUUGAAUAGAAAAGUAUGGCAGAAAAUGAAGGAUUCUGGUUGGGAAGUGCUUAAAAGUUCCGGUGAAAAGCAUAGUGCAACUGCAGCUUCAUAGGGAUUGGAGGAACAUCCCAAACCAAUAGCCAUUCGAUCAACAAUUCAAGAUCCCGGCCAUUUGAUGAUUUUUGAUUCUGUUCCUCUCUUGGUGUGGCGAUCUCCAAUUUCAGAUGAGUUCUCUCUUCCCCUUUCUCGGUCGGCAUCUCUCUCUGGCCUGCAUUUCUCGUUUUUCUCUGAUCAGUGUCUCUUUUCUUUCCUUUGGCAAUUUUCCCUUUUGACUAGUGAUUUUCCCUCUGUUAUUUAUAUUUCACAUUGUGGUUCUCCUGGUUUCAGAUUUCAAGUUCACCAUGAGUUCACUCUGGCAGUUAGUUCAUAGAAGUCGCAGCAGCAGCAGCAGCUUGUUCACAGUAAGUUUCGAGUUUUAAGGUUUGGAGUUCAUUGUGGGUUCUCUCUGGCCGCAGUUCGCAGAAAUUGCAGGUUCAAAGUGUUUCAUAUUCACUAUGGGUUACUGUGGUUUUCCCAUUGUCUCUCUCUCUCAGGUUGGCUGUUGUGCUAGCUCACUCAAAGAUCAAUUACAGUUGAUUAAUAAAUUUCUUUGUUAUACAA